UGGAUGGAUGGGUACACAGGUGGAUGGAUGGAUGGAAUUGCCACCAUACGCCUGUGGAGGUUGUGAAAUGCAGGGAGAUUUGUGAGUAGUUGGUUGGCUUAAGAGGAUCAUGGUCAUCCCUGAGAAUAAUGCACAGUUUAGACAUUUGCGAGUGUGUUAAGAAACAAAAAUGACAGAGAAACAUUGGAAUCAUCACCUUAAUUGUUAUGUAUUGCCCAUCACUUCCCUAAUCUCCCCUUGAACCUGUUGCCCAGUCCAUCCCAUCAUCUCUUCAUCCUCUUGUACAGUUAUUCUAAUCUGAGGGGAGCUGGCCUCUGUUAGGGGUGUGUGCUAGUUUUUUAGUCAUCUACAUAAUAAGGAACAACUGGGGCACCUGGGUGGCUCAGUGGGGUAAGCAUCCGACUUCAGCUCAAGUCACGAUCUCACACUCCGUGAGUUCGAGCCCCGUGUCACGCUCUGUGCUUGACAGCUCAGAGGCUGGAGCCCGCUUCAAAUUCUGUGUCUCCCUCUCUCUCUGCCCCUCCCCCACUCAUGCUCUGUCUCUCUCAAAAAUAAAUAAGCAUUAAAAAUUUUUUCGAAAAAUAAUAAGGAACAACUCGUGAGGCGUGGCGGAGGGGGAGGCAGAUGCUAGGUGCCUGUCUUAGCAAUGACAUCUCCCACUUGUUGAGCACGUACUGUGUACCAGACUCUUCGGUCACAUUGGCUCACUUAACGCUCUGAACAACUCUGAGUGGAAAGCAGUGCUGUGAACCCCAAGCUCCAGGUUAAACAAUUUGCCUGAGGCUAUACAGACGGUAAUGGGCGUAUCAAGGAUUUGAACUCAGAUGCAGAGUCUGAGCACUUGAAAUCCUUACCCAGCCUGGGGGCCACAUUGAUCACCCAGAGACCAAAGCUUGAAAACCUCUGAAAAGAUUUCGGUGCUGCCUCCAGGGUCCCAGGUCCCCUGUCCCCACCUUUACAUGGUUUUUUUGCUCCUUCUUCCUUCCGGGACAUUUUCAACUUGGCAAAAUGUAUUCGGAACCAAGCCAAGAGAGGGGAGCGAUUCCAAAAGAUUUAUGAUUUGAGAAACUAUAGUCUUUUCUAAUAACUGACCUUGUGCCCAUUAUGUCAUCUCUUGGUUGUGGGGGUGCCACAGAGUUCCAUUUGUCAGCGUGUCCAGGUGUCUUUUGUCUAUGUCACUGGUGGAAGAAAAUAUCAAUGACAGGUCAUCACAGUUCCUUCCAAAGAGGCUGAUCUAGAUGAGUUGAGACUACCCAGCUAGGAUACCGGGAACUUGUAAGUGAGGAACCUUGGGCCUCACCACGUACCCAAGUAGGUGUUUCCGUACUUCAAAGUCAACAUUUGGGAAGCUGUGUGCUUAAUCCAACAAUUCUGCCAUUGCUGAAAACAUCUUUGGGGGCUCUCGUUUGCUUUUAGAUAAUGUUUAAAACCUACCUUGUUCCUUUACGGUGACUCCGUAUCUUCAGUUUAUUUAUUUUUUAUUUUUUUAAAUCAUUUUUUAAGUUUAUUUAUUUUGAGAGAGCGAGCGAGCAGGGGAGAGGCAGAAAGAGGCAGAGAGAAAGAGAAUCCCGAACAGGCUUUGCACCACCAGCGCGGAGCCCGACGGGGGGGGGGGGGGGGGCUCAACCUCACGAACCGUGAGAUCGUGACCUGAACUGAAACCAAGAGUCAGAUGCUUAGCCGACUGAGCCACCCGGGCGCCCCUCUGUAUCUUCAAUUCAAAACAGCAUCACAGCACUUGAUCAUUCAUGUACUUUCUCACCAGGCCUGUCUCCCAGUGACUUGUGGCCAUUUCCAAAAUACCAGACAUAUCCUCGAAGCAUGAAAAUCUGCCUUUGCCAGGGUUAAUCCGAAGGUUCUCUAGCUGCCUUAGGCAGCCCAGGAAGAAUUUGAAGAAUGAGUGGGCUGUGGCAGGUGGACGUAGGAGCCCACAGCUCCCUGCCGUGACGACACAGAGGGCCAGCGGGCACUUGGAUGUCUAAGGCCCUGCCUCGGCAGAGUGGCCAUGUCAGAAGGGGAGAGCAAGGACAGCUCGGGCAGCGAGUGUCCCGUGUGCUACGAGAAGUUCCGCGACCUGGACGGCGCCAGCCGCACCCUGAGCUGCGGCCACGUGUUCUGCCACGACUGCCUGGUCAAGUACCUGCUCUCCACCCGCGUGGACGGCCAGGUGCAGAGGACCAUCGUCUGCCCCAUCUGCCGCUACGUCACCUUCCUCAGUAAGAAGAGCUCCCGCUGGGCUUCCAUGCUGGACAGGAGCUCCCAGACCUUGGCCGUGCCCGUGGGCCCCCUGGCCGCCUCCCCGACGGCCUGGAGGCCGCCCCCCAGCCAGGGCGCCCAGCUCCCCUCGGACCCGCCGCCCGGCCUGGCCCGGGAGCCCCAGGUCUUCGUCAUCAGCCGCCACGGGAUGCCCCUGGGCGAGCAGGACAGCGUGCUGCCCCAGCGCAGCCUGGCCGAGCUGUCGGAGGCCUCGCCGGCCCCCAGUUCCCGCCGGGCCUUCUGCUGCCGCUCGCGGGCCCUGCUACUCAUCACCCUCAUCGCCGUGGUGGCCGUGGUGGCCGCCAUCCUGCCCUGGGUGCUGCUGGUGAGGAAGCAGGCCUGACAGCCGCCCUGGGCCGACCGGGGCCUGGACGGGCGUCCUCACUUCUCACCUCUGGCUCCUCCCGCCCGGCGGGGGCCCAGGGAGGCUGGGGCUGAGCUCUGGGCCCAAACAGGAACACCAGGUUCCGGGCCAGGGUGCAGAAGGCAGUGGAGGCCCCUCAGGAACCACAGCUGCGCCCCCCACCCCCCGGGGUGGGGGUUGGCGGUAGCCUCAGCAGAUCCUCCCCGCCUCCUCCAGGCUGGUACUGAGCAAAAUGGAGAGCUGGUGGCUUCCCCCUUCCUAUGGGGUCACCAGCCCUGAGGCGUCCUCCUUCUCUGCCAGGUGACCCACCCGAAGCCAGGCAGGGCUCACUGGUGGCUGGCUGGGGGCCCAAUGGCAGGACCCCUCCAGGUCAGAAUUCCCACCCGGGGUUCUCUAGUCUGCUGUCGGGAACAAACAGAAGCAGUGGCUCAGGGCCUGAAAGCGCCCUUCCCAGAAUCUCAGCAACCGUCCUCACGGCUGCCCUCCCGCCCCCAAGUCCUCCUGAACCCCAAGUCCCCGGCCUGGAAGGCCUUCCCUUGUGGGGAGGAGCUGAUCUCAGGGGCUGUGGCCCCGGGGACCUCUGGGGGAAGUAACAGAAAAGGGGAGCUGAGGCCGAGGCUGGCAAAAUGGCCUACAAACAGAGCCAGAGGCCUCCGCAAGCCUCGCGGGCCCGUGAAUGGUCCAAAGUUUGAGUCUUGGGGUUGUCAAGGGUGGACUGGCGGGCGGGGAGUGCAGGGGAAGCUUGACCGAGACUUGAGUCAGCCGAGAAGUAUGCAACUAUGGGGGCAAAUUAACCCCUGGGGGCUCCCGCCUCCCAGCCGGCCCAGGUCCUCAUGACCCAACCACUCAUUAGAGGUCACACCAGCCGGGCCAGUUUCCCAGGCCCAUUCCCAGCUGGGCUGGGCCGGGCAAGGACGGGUGGGGAAGCAAACAGCUGAAUUCAUCAGGGACUCUACUGUCUCAAUGAGACAGUCCCCACCCUGGACUGUGGCCCGGCUUCGUGAGGAGGGCCACUCCGAAAGCCUCGGACCGGGGUCUUGCCCAUACGUCAACGGGCCAUAAUCUUAAUUGUAGGAUGAACAACGACAAAAACUCUCAGCUGCUCUCUGGGAUAGGUGGUUGUUCACACCCCGGCUGUGCCAAGAGCUAACGCUCCCCCCCGCCCCCAGCUUAUGCCUCUUGGCAAAGUUCGCUAUCUAUGGGGAAAGAAAUAACGCCCUGCCUUUUAUCUAGUUCCCAAAUCCCUGUGGUGGCUGGUGUCCAUUAGGGGACCGCCAGGGAAGGGCUCCUCUGUAUAGGGGAUAUUUGGGAAGCAGGGAGGGCUGAUUGAAAACACUUAUGGACUUCUUUUUGCUCCUUUCCAGACUCAAAAAAGAGCAUAGGUGCUAUUUGUGGGGGCGGGGGGGGGGGGUAGGGAACAGGUGGAUUCAUGGGGAACAUAUUUAUUACAAGACUCAAAAUGUUAAAUUUACAAAGACUCUAAUGAGUCUGUUUUAUUUAAGCUCGGUCAGACUGCUUUCAACAGUGUCAUUGAAUUUCUGGGGACUUGACUCUAGUCUUUUCAGAUUCUGUUGUGUUUGCCAAACGCUAAUUUCAAAAAAACCUGUGGUGUUUUCAUGUCAUUCAUUCAGUGGUGACUCAUAGCUGGCACUUCUUUUAUUUUCAAAGAACGCCGAAAGUUAUUUUUUAAAUAAAGGUAUAUAUUUUCCCAAAGAUUCCAAAGACAUUGCCAACACCCACGGGGAGCUCUGAGCUUGGAC